AUGCUGCGCUUUCACUGGUGGUGUCGUGCAUCUGUGUGGCAGCGGGGACAGCUGGACUUUGAAGGGCGGAAGGUGCAUGUGUUCCUGGCCCGGAGCAUCUCUGAGCCGCAGUUUCCAGACAAGUCAGGAGAGCGAGCCGGACAGCAGCGAGCAGCUGAGCGAUCCGAGCCCCCCACCCACCACGACCCCAUGCCCCCGCGCCCCGCAGCCGUCCCGCACAGGCCGGGGUCGCGCCGCCCUCCCUGUCCCAUGGCGCUGAAGCGGAUUCAGAAGGAGUUAAGCGAUCUACAGCGCGACCCACCUGCUCACUGUUCGGCUGGCGCCGUGGGAGACGACUUGUUCCACCGGCAAGCAACUAUUAUGGGGCCUCCUGAUAGCGCGUACCAAGCUGGAGUCUUCUUUCUCACUGUAUAUUUUCCGACAGACUGUCCUUUUGAACCACCAAAGGCUGCUUUCACAACAAAAACUUACCGUCCAAACAUAAACAGUAGUGGCAGUAUUUGUCUUGAUAUCCUGAGGUCACAGCGGUCACCAGCUCUUACUGUAUCAAAAGUUUUAUUGUACAUAUGUUCUCUGUUUGUGACCCUAAUCCAGGUGACCGCUUAA